AUGACAUUCCAGGACGUAGAUCACGUGUCCAAUCAGAUGGCCCAUUGUCUUCGCCAGCAGGGAUUGCAGCCCGGGCAGACCAUGGGGCUUAUGAUGGAGAACAAGCCCGAGUUCGUGUGUUGGUGGCUAGCCAUGGCCAAAAUUGGUGUCAAGGUGGCCCUUCUGAACUUUAAUCUGACAGGUGGUGGUUUAGCCCACUGUCUCUGCACUGCUGUUGAGGACUGCCUCGGUGUCGUCUUCGAUGGAGAGUGUGAGGCAAAUCUUCACACCGUUGAUGCUGCCCUGCAAGAGCGUGGCAUGAAGCUCUUGUUCUGGGGAGGCCAACCACGGAAGACCUUCAAAACACCAGUCUUGGCUGUUGACUAUGAUCAACUCUUGGGAUUUCCUUACUCAGGCGACGGUUUAGCGGAGCUUAGACGAGGCAUCAAGUUCACGGACGUGUUUGGCUAUGUUUACACCAGCGGUACGACCGGUCUGCCGAAGGCAGCAAAGAUUCUCCACUCCCGAAUGUUCACCAUGGGCGGUGCGUGUGCCCUCCUUCGGCUGGGCCCAGGAGACAAACUUUACACUUGCUUGCCUCUCUACCACAGUGCCGGUGGGGGUUUGGGCGCUAUGUCCUGCAUUCUGUCGGGCGCAACUCUUGUCGUGUCACGGAGGUUUAGUGCCAGUCGCUUUUGGACAGAAAUCUCCGAACAUGGCUGCACAGCGUUCCAAUACAUAGGAGAGCUUGGACGCUACCUGGUGAACUAUGCCAGGGAGCAUCCAGAGGUGACCCGAAUACCUCACAAGCUCAAGGGCGCCGUGGGGAACGGACUGAGGCCUGAAGUCUGGGACGAGUUUCAGGACAAGUUCAAUAUUCCGCUCGUGGUUGAAUUCUAUGCUGCCACAGAGGGGAAUGGUGCCUUGAUCAACUACUGCAGGAAGACCGACCUGGCCUCUCGAGGCGCAAUCGGCAAAGGAGGCUUCUUCUUUGACAAGCUCCUCAAGUUCAAGAUCGUAAAGUUUGACGUUGACACCGAGACUCCAAUCCGCGGACCCAGUGGGUUCUGCAUCGAGGCUGAAGCGGGCGAGGCAGGCGAGCUGAUCUGCCCUAUCGACAACAGCCAUCCCACCAAAAGGUUUGUAGGCUACACGGACGCCAAGGCCACCGAGAAGAAGGCGUGCAGGCAUAUGCAGGUUAGCUGGGAGCUGUCACAGGCUCCGCUGCUCUACCUGAAGUUCUUGCGUGCUCUGUAUUUGUACACGCGGCGCCGCGUGUCACCUGACUUUGCGGAUUCCUUUGGGCAUCUCAUGAAGUUUAUUGGCGCAACGCUCUUCUCCGUCGGCCAUGGCAUGCAGUGCGUGCACAAGCGGAGUGCCGAAAUAACUGACUGGGGCUACAUUCUAGCCUGCACUCCUUGUCUGAACAUUGCUUUUGGUGGUGCCUUCCUGGGACGACCCUGUCCGCUUACACUGCUGGCAUCCGGGCUGCUGUUGCAUGUUGCCUACCUUCCACUGUUGCUUCGGGCAUUCUUCAGUGGAGCGCCGAAGCUGUUGCCAGGGAUUGGCGUAGUUGCAGCUUCGCUGCUAACCUGGCUCGGCAGCGUCUCGACACUUCUGGACCGGAAAAUACUGCAGGCCUCGCCGCUGCUGCCGCUGCCUGUGUAUGCCCUGAUUACUAGCUGCAGCUUUGGUCUGGGCAAUUCAUUGAAGUUGCAGCGCCUGCUGGAGGCACAGGAGCCGAUCCACCAGGCCUUCGUGGGGCAGGUCGUCAAGGACCGGGACUUGCAAACCGUGGCCAGGAACAAGCUCUUGCUAGUGUGGUUAGAGGCGCUUCAAAUCAUGAAGUUCCAGUGCUUAGUCUGCGCCUCGAUAUCUGCACUGUUGGGGCCUUUCGGUGUUGAUAGCCGCCUCCCUCCGUGCAGUGGCCGCGCAGUGGAAGCCAAGAAAGCCAAGAAAGAACCGCUGAGCCAGUUGCGGUGCUUCCAGGUGCUGAAAGAUGAGAAGUUUGAGAAAUCCCAGUUGAAAGUGACUGACUUCCAACUUCGAACCACGCGUUCAUCGGACAGAUCCACGAGUGAUCUAGGUGUUUGCAGUCCCUCUGAGCCUCCGCAGUGGAGUAUGUGGAGUGGUGGUGUCCUGGCGACUUUUGCCGGUUGUCCUGGCCCUGUGCGGGUAGGCCUUUUCCGAGCUUGUCCUACGAGUCUUGCCACUGUACCAGUCAAGGUGCUGCGAGACGUCUUUACCAAGGGUGAUGCCUGGUUUCGUUCCGGUGACCUGCUUUCGAAGGACUCCGGCGGACGGUGGUAUUUUGUGGAUCGAAUUGGUGACACCUUCAGGUGGAAGGGCGAGAAUGUGAGCACCAUGGAGGUGUCACAGGUCCUCUCCAGUUUCCCAGGUGUCGAGGAAGCCAAUGUCUACGGUGUGAAGGUGCCGGGUGAAUCUGAUGGACGCGCCUGCAUGGCCGCCUUAAACGGUUCGCAGGAGCUUCAAAACAGAGAGAAGCUGGACGCGCUACAGGCCCUCUGCGAGAAGGAGUUGCCAAGCUACGCUCGGCCACUUUUCCUGCGCUUCCUGCCGUCCAUGGAAGUCACCGGCACCUUCAAACACCAGAAGGUCCAGUUGAGAAAUGAAGGCAUCGACCUAACGAAGGUCCAGGACCCUGUGUACUUCCUUCACCCAGCUUCAAAGCGCUACGAGCGCCUGGACGCCGCCAUGGUGCAGGAAGUCCUGCACCGAUCAAAGCUGUAG